AUGUCUCACGGAAUGAGUACAAAUGUUUCCAUUUCGUCGCUUUUGGAUUCCAACUCGUCAUCUACCAAUACAAAUGUGCCAAGCUUGAAAAAGUUGCAAGGCAAGGGGAGCGAUAUAAAGCAGGUCCAUACCCCGAUUCAGCAACUUGUUUCUCAAUUUCAAACUUCCUUUGACCCCACAGUGAAGUCGAAUAAUGGGGCUGUUGCUUCAAACAAUACAAUAACGUUAGGAAAUAAUAUACCUAAACCCAAAGCCAAUGUCAUAGUCGGAGCAGAUAGUUCGAAAUCGCGAUCAUUGUCUUAUUCUCCACCACCGUCAAUAUCAGCUCAAGUUAAGAAAUUCCAAACAAAAUUCCAAUUGGAACCCGUUGCGUCACCUCAACCCAAAAGUAAAACCUCCAUCAACUCUAUAAUCAACAUGGACGAUGAGGAGUUGGCACCCACUCCACCAAUUCCGUCCCAGUCAACUGAUGUAAGAAACCAAAAUGUGUUGAAAAGAAAGAAACCAAGUGGCACAGUUAAGCCAAACGAUACUAAAAAGCGCAAGUCUGGUACACCAGAUCUCCAACAGCCUCCGUCAAUAGUGUCUAAACUGAAUAUACUGAGAGAGGAUAACACAGCCAAUACAAGCAAGAAUGAAACAAAAAAGCCACCUCAAACUGGCAUGAACACGAUAAAGGCUCCCACGAAACCCGUAAAACUUGCAGGCCCCACUGUUAUUGAUUUGUUAAAUCCCGAUGAUGGUGAGGACAUCACCCUGACAGCAUCCCCGAUAUCAUCACCUGCCACAAGCAAAACUGAUAAAGCAAAGGAAAAGCUAAUCGAGAAGACACCAAGAGAAAAAGAAAAAGAGAAAGAGAGAGCUGAACCACCAAUUGUGGCAUUGAACAUUCCACUACUAGAUCCCAAGGACCCACAACCUGGAAAGGCUGAAGUAGUUGUCAAUGUAUUAAAACUAGCGGAAGAUAAAUAUGGUUGGUCUGUCAUGCACCCAAAAGCUAAAUCGGCGAUUGAGGUUAUAGACGACAUGAUUGAUGAUGAAGACGAUGACGAAGAUGAUGACGAUGUAGGUGAUGAUCAGGAAAAAGCCCCACAGCAGUCAAAUAACUCGGUCCUACCGAUUGCUCCAAGAGGUAAAGAAUUAACUGAAGAGCAAUUGGUACGACAGCACGAGAUUAAAAUGAUUCGAAAAGUGGGUAAAUACGAUUUCGAGGAUCCAUUCAUUGAUGACGUUGAGUUACAAAUCGAAGAAGAUAUUUCGAGUACUAAAGAAGGGUUUUUCGUUUAUUGGGGCCCUUUGGUUGACGAUAGGUCCUCCAAUAAAAAGGGGUUCAAAAAAAAGUAA